UGUGCGCUAAAACUCUCAGUAGAGAAGACACAGAGAGAAAGCAAGACAGACGGAGACAUAGAGAGAACACAGUGAGAAAUAAAAACAGGAAACAACAGUGUUGCAGAAGAAGACAGAAGAAACUGUUUACGAGGGAGAGCAACAGAUAAAGUGGGAAAGAGAGAGAGCGGGACAGAGAAACUGAACAGUGUUAGAGGGGGAAGAGGGAGGGGGAUGGCAUGUGUGUUGGCUGAUGCUUCACCCUUCUGCUUUUUAAUGCGAUGCAGCUUCGAGUUUGAAGACAGAGGCCAGUGUCAUGGUGUCUGUGUGUUCCCUUUAUGUGUUAAUGUAAGGGCACAGUAUCUGGGAGCGGGGGGGGAUCAUGGCAUGUUUUGUGUGUUGGAGCAGCACACGUGGAGGAACCUGGGUGCCCACCUUCAACAUUUUGGGAGCUGACACACGAGGCCAGAUGGAAAAGCUGUAACGCGCCAACAACCCACAGAGAGAUGAAUCAUGGUGGAUCAUAUAAUGUGUUUCCAAUGACAAGAUCUGAGGACCCUAAGGAUGCCGUAUUCUUGGGAUUGAUCGUGACCUGAAACAGUUUCUCAGCACUUGACACAACUUCAGCUUCGCUAAAAGUCAUUACUUCUCUCUCUGGGAUGCUGCAGAGAGCAGGACUGUAGUGGCACAGGUCACAGCCUGAACUCCUCCUCAGCAUAAUGGACAGCAUGGAUUCUCAAACAAACCCAUCACCAGACGAUAAGCAGCUUCCCUGAUACAAGCUUCCUGUUUAUUCACAAGGCAGCUUGUCUUAACACUUAAGAGUAGACAGCUCUUGGCUUAAGAUGAACUCUGCGAACCAAAGCUGUAGAAACAGUGAAGAUCUGCGAACGUACCAGCACCAUGUGUAUGCAGUGGUGUACAGCGUGAUCUUAGCACCUGGCCUGCUGGGUAAUGUACUGGCGCUCUGGGUGUUCAGGGUCUAUGUCAGAGAAACCAAGAAGGCGGUGGUGUUCAUGAUGAACCUGGCUGUGGCCGACCUGCUGCAGGUGCUCUCUCUGCCCCUGCGGAUCUACUAUUACCUGAACAACACCUGGCCCUUUGGUCAUCCUCUGUGCAUGAUCUGCUUCUAUCUCAAGUAUGUCAACAUGUACGCAUCCAUCUUCUUCCUGGUGUGUGUCAGCGUGCGUCGCUGUGAGCUCAUCAUGCGUCCGCUGAGGUACAACUCGUCCAAGCGAAAAGGGGACAUGCUUAUCUGUGCCGGUGGCUGGAUGCUGGUCUGCCUGGCCUGUCUGCCGUUCCCUCUGCUGAGGAACCCCAAAUCUGAACAAAACAAUGGUGAACAUGUGUGUUUCUCAGAGCUGCCCAUGAGGAAUAUCAGUACUCCAGGGGCCUGGGCCCUCCUCAUCAUAGCGGAGCUGGUGGGCUUCAUCAUCCCCCUCAUCCUGGUGUUGGCCUGCUCCUGUCUAACUGCUGGGAGCCUUCGGGACCCGACAGCGGGGGCAAUUCAUGACCGAGGGGAGAAGCGGAGGGCGUUCCGGAUGGUGCUAAGCUGCGCCGUGGUCUUCUUACUGUGCUUUGCUCCUUACCACAUCACCAUGCCCCUGGACUUCUUGGUCAAAGCCAACGCUGUGAGCAGCUGUUCAUUCAGGGACCUGAUUCUGCGAUGCCACCCCGUCACGCUCUGUCUGGCCAGUCUGAACUGCAGCCUGGAUCCGCUCAUGUACUAUUUCACAACUGAUGAAUUCUGGAGGCGACUGAGCAAGCCAGAGAUACCAGAGAGCAUGAUUUUCAGCAGGCGUCUGUCUUGCAUAACUGGAGGAGAGCAGGCAGCGGAUGAGUAGACUACAGUCUAAUCUCUUGUUGAAGGAGGGACUAUUUUAUCUCAACCACUAAACCCACACAUAAUUUUUAUGCAUUCCUAAAAACUACAGAAAUAUAAUUUACAUGCAAACCAGUAUGUAAAAAAUAUGUUUCAACAGAGGGUGAUUUUUUUGUAUUUAUUUAUUUUUUAAUAAAAAUGUGUCUGUUCUAAAUUUGCACUGCCCUGGUGAAGAAUGAGCAGUUCCUGUUAUGAAGCAUGGACAUGCAACAAGUGCCAACAUCUCUAAUGAGCAUGGGGAAAUACCACAUACAGGAAAAGUCCCCUAGUCUGCUACAUUUGAGGUCUAGAUCCAGUUUUAUGAUAGGCUAGCAGCUUGCAGUUUGAUAAAAGGGUGACGUCUGGCCUUCUAAAGUGCUGCUUUUGUUGGUGUUUUAAUAAAAAGCAAACUGUCAAGAUAUUCAGUAGGUAAAGAAAUGCAACUUUAUUCAACAACAAAGUUAAGUUCAGUUCAGUAGCUGCACACAACAUUUUUUUUUAUCUAAUCUUCUGAUAUUCAGUUAAAAAGCUGAGACAGAAACACAUUUGUACAAGCACACUUCCUGUCUGAUUGUCUCUCUGUGCAGACAUUGCGUGGGAAACUUUUGAAAAUGACUAUUUAGCAAAAGGCCAUUUUUUUCAUCUGACUUUUAAAAUCAAAUAAAAGAAUUAUGCAGAUACUUUGUUCCCGUCACAAUUUUAAUAUACGGUGUUGUUCAAAAAGAACUUACAGGAACUUAUUUCUUAUGGUCUCAGUAAAGGUAAUUCCAUGUGAUGGGACUACAAAUUUAUAAAUAAGAAUUCAAAAACAAGAGUCAAAU